CUUCCUGCGGGGCGCGGCAUGGCGGGGCCGGUGGACUGUCACUGCCACCUGGCCGCGCCCUGUUUCCAGCGGGACGUGGCGGCCGUGGUACGGGCGGCGGAGCAGGCGGCCGUGUCGGCGCUGGUGGUGGUGUCGGAGCAGGCGGGCGAGUUCCGGAGCGUCGUGGAGCUGUCUGAGAGAUUCCCAGGGUUUGUCUUGCCAUGCCUGGGAGUUCACCCCGUUCAAGAGGUUUCUCCAGAGGAGCAGCGCAGUGUUGCUUUGAAGGAUCUGGAUGCUGCGCUGCCUCUUAUAGAACUUUACAAAGAUAAAUUGGUGGGGAUUGGAGAAGUUGGACUAGACUUCACUCCCAGAUUUGCCAGCACCGAUGAACAGAAGGAAGGACAAAGACAGGUUUUGAUCAAGCAGAUUGAGCUGGCAAGAAGACUGGACUUGCCAUUAAAUGUUCAUUCCCGCUCAGCUGGAAGACCGACCAUUAAUCUCUUGAAGGAACAAGGUGCUAGCAAGGUGUUGCUCCAUGCUUUUGAUGGGAAGCCAUCUGUAGCCAUGGAAGGGGUGAAAGCUGGAUACUACUUCUCCAUUCCUCCUUCCAUUAUAAGGAGUGAACAGAAGCAGAAGCUUGUGAAACAGCUGCCUCUGGAAAAUAUGUGUUUGGAAACUGAUUCUCCUGCUCUGGGGCCUGAAAAGCAGGUGAGAAAUGAACCCAAAAAUAUCUACAUUGCUGCUGAAUACAUUGCCAAAAUUAAAGGAAUUCCAGUUGGAGAAGUUAUAGAAGUGACUACACAGAAUGCACUAAAAGUAUUCCCCAAACUUCAGCACUUUCUUCGGAUAUAGGUUCAGAAACUGAAAUAUAAUGUUGCAGAAAGUGUUACUUGUGGUGUAAUUACUAAAACCAAGUUACAUCUUGUGUUAAAGUGGAGUUUUGCAGUUGGAAGUUAAGAUGUAAGGAGUGUUAUAUAGCUGGAUAGGAUAAAAUUGGGAAUUUCUCAAAGGUUGUUGGUGUGCACUGUAAUAAUCUCUUGGAUGUGAUAAAAACACAUUGUUCCUUUGCUUCUCUAAUGUCUAUGAACACAUAAUUUGUAAAGAAGAGCACCAUAAAAUUGUCAAUUUAGUUUCUCAGGCUGCUUGCCAGCUGCUCCUAGACUGGGAGAUGUCUCCUGUACAGUGCUUGAUGUCCCCUUCACUCCUUAUUUCUGCUGACUGAAAGUCACAAGUUGUGGACCAGUCAUGAUAAGAAAGCUCCUGUUACAACUGGCCGAUUAUGCAUCCCUUUCUGAGCCAUUAAAAGAACCCAGCUGGAUGGACAUUCUCUGUAUUCUGUGCUGACUGGACUCUGAGUGGUGCAGAAGCAACAUCUUUUCAAAAUACAGUUGGAAGGGAAGAAUUGCAGCCCAUCUACUCCUCUCCUUUUCCCAUGUAUAAAACAGUAGUUGCCAAGAUCUUGGCUACUUUGAGAAGGAUUUUCUUGGGUAUUUAAAAUGAUUUAUUUUUUUAACAGUGUUCAAAGAAAAAAGCCUGGGAUUAGUCUUAGUUAAGGAUUCACUCUUCUAACUGCUCAGUAUCAGGAGACACAGGAUGUGAAAGGGAGACAAGCUCAAUUUUGUUGUAUAUUGAAGGUAAUCUGUGUGGAUUCAGCUAUAUUGUGCAGUGUCCUAAAACUGAAUCUGGUCCUCCCUCACAGCACCUGUGUGGACAUGGGCCUAUGAAAUACUGAUCAAAACUUUGUUGAUUAUAAACCAGCAAUUGAACCAGGUGGGUUUUACAUGGCACCCAGCUCUUCUGAGGGCCACUAAGUGGAGGUUUUCUCUCACUAUGGGGAGUUUUACCAGGUCAGUGGAGAAAAUAUACAAGUAUUAACUUAGUUCAGGAUGACCUCAGCUGGGCAAGGGGCUAAAACUUGCAAUAUAGGUCAUGCUCUAUCCUGAAAUCCUGUUUUCCUUCAUGUCUUCCUCAGUUUCUUAAAACCACAUUGUCAGGAGGUUUUUUUUGCUGUCUUUAUCAGAACAGCUGUUCUGCCUUUUGACUAGAGGUAGCUUACUAAGUUCAAACAUGUGUUCCUAAACAGUUUUCAGCCUGCAGCAAACAACCAAACUUGAAUAAUUUGUCUCUAUUACAACAUGUAUUUAAAGCAGCGAACACACGGAUCUUUGCUGAGUGAUCCAAAGGAGUUAGAGCCAUUCCUUAUCCUGGAUCUACAGGCACCAUUUCCACUAAAUGGGAUGAAGGACAGAGUUUGCCUCCAGAUGGUGCUAGGGAACAGGUGUGCAAUAGUCAGAAUAUUAGUGUGAUUCACUUAAUGAUUAAUAAUCAUGUCAUUGGAGAUGCUAAACGUAAUAGAUACCAGGCAACCUUACGUGUACUUCCUGCUGCCUGUGUGUUGGGAAGUCUCCCAGUAUUGCUGGGAAAUGCAGCUAUGUGAUGAGAUGCUCUUGGCAAGAAGUCAGGCAGCAUCCAAAUGUUGGCAAAGUUUUGACCUAAUUAUUUUUCUCUAUGGAAUUCUUAGCAUUGGAUGAAAACACUGGUUUUGCAAAAAGAGGGGAUAUUAAGUAGUGUCCUCAAAAUCCCUGUCUCUGCAGGGGGGUGGCAUUGCUCUGAUUCAGCCUUAGUCUUACAGCAGGAUGAUUCCUGAGUGUUGGAAUCCUUUUUGCUGUAGCAGAAACUUUCAACACACUCACUUCCUGCAGCUCCCAUGUGGGCAGGGCACUGCUGAGGUGGGCAUCCCCUGGGGGCCAUGGGGCUCUGGGACAGCCUGUGUCCCUGGGCCCUGCAGCAGCAGGUCUGGAGCUGCUUUUGGUGGUACAGGAGUGUGGUUGAGGCUGGUGAAGGAGGCACAGAGUUGCUCCCCUCUGGGCCAGGGAGAGCUGGCAUUGCAACAGCUGUGGGCAGGGUGAGCCUGGCAGGGGGCCCAUGGCAAAACAAGCUGGCUUUGUCCUCUCCUUAGACCUGCGGCGCCAGAGCUAAGUCAUGGAGUAGGUGACCUGGAGUUCCAGAAAAGGAAAAUGCGGUGUCACUCCCACCCUGCCUUGGCAUCCCUGACACAUAACAAGGGUCAGAAGCAGUGUCCUUUUCCCAGUGCUGCUGGUUCCACUGCGAGUUGUGCCCCAGUCCCUGCAGUCAGUGCUGAGGGUGGGCUGCAGGCACUGGAAAUAAAGUUGUUGCUCUGCCCAGGAAACUCUUUAAGGUGCUCACUCAGGACUGGUGGUACUGCUGUGCAGUGAGGAGGAAGUGUGGUUUCUGAGCUGGAAAACAUCAUCAAUCCUCAGCAGUCAUUCUGUAACUUUACAGAGGGAUUUAACAGAAAGCUUGGAUUUCUGCCUGCAUUCCCAGGCUAACACCUGGCCUGGAGAGGCUGGGGAAGGCUGGGUAUCUUUGGGGGAGCAGCAUGCACUGUGAAGCCCUCCAUCCCCACAAAGGUUGGCCUUAACAACACCAGUGUGUGUGCUGAACCCUGUUGCAAGCCUCUCAGGGUGUCUGGAUAAACCUUGCAUUCCACUAGGUAACACAGGAGGCUGAAGGGGUCAAGGAUGUAUUGGAGGAAGGACACAGUGCAAAUUCAGUGUUUUGGAAAGUAAGUGGUGACCCAAGUUUCCUUUUCAGCCAUACCAUCAAUUUAGGAGGUCACACACAGCCCAGAUGACCUCUGUCUCAGAGAAUAGCACAGAUUGUCUGCAGCAGUGUGGAAAGUGGUAGGUCUCAAUCUCCAUUGUACCUUCAUCCAUCAGCUUUCCUUGGGAUGCUACAAACAACAGAUCUGGUUGCACUUAUGUGCAACUCCUCAUGUUGUUUUACUUGCAGGAUGUUCAUGGAGUGAUAAAAAACCAAGGAAGGGCUCUAUCUGUGCUCACUGAAAUGGUCUUUGGAGGGCUGCAGCUGGAUCACCCUCCCAGGGCCUUUCUUCUGAAAUUUGUUUUUAGCCAUGGAUUAACAGGGCCUGAAUCUUCUGAACUUUGGGGCAAACUGCUCUGAGUUUUUCCAAAAUCUGACAU